CUUCUCCAUCCUUGCCCAAGUCAGCGGCCUACCUCAAGUCAUCAAAACGCACCUCGACCAGUUUCUCAUUCUCGCCUAACCCCGUGAAAGAGCACCCAAAAUGAUCAUCUCGAAGCAGAACCGCCGCCUCAUUUACGAGCAGCUCUUCAAGGAGGGUGUCAUGGUCGCGCCCAAGGAGUUCAACCGCCCCUCGCACCCCGACCUCACCAACGUCCCCAACCUCGAGGUCAUCAAGGCUAUGCAGUCGCUCACCUCCAAGGGCUACGUCAAGACCCAGUUCUCGUGGCAGUGGUACUACUACACCCUCACCGACGAGGGUCUUGCCUACCUCCGCGAGUGGCUCCACCUCCCCGCCGAGAUUGUCCCCAUCACCCACACCAAGCCCGCUCGCCCCGCUGGCCGCCCCGCCGGCUACGGCGCCGGCCGUGAGGGUGGUGCCUACCGCCCCCGUGGCGACCGUGAGGGCUACCGCCGCCGCGACGACGGUGACAAGGAGGGUGCCGGUGCCGAGUACCGCCCUCGCUUCGGCGGUGUCGGCCGUGGCCAGGGUGCUCCCGCUUCGUAAACAACUGGGAGGACAGGUGCGCCCGAGCGUCCUCUCCGUUCAAUGGUAGCCGCUAUCUAGACAGGAGUGUAAUGCGACGUUCGGUGCUUGCUGGUA